UGUCAAGCGAUUAUGCAGCUACCACUCAAGCCAUUUAUAUAUUAAAUGAGUUAUCAAAUUUACAGAAAUACUACAUUAGGGCAUGCUUUACAAGAAUCAUUAGAUGAAAUGCUUGAAGGUGGACAGAUAACACCACAGAUUAAAUUCAAAGUUUUAGCUCAAUUUGAUAAAGCAAUAAAUAAUGCUUUGGCCAAUAGAGUUAGGACAAGAAUUAAUUUUAGAGCAGGGCAUCUAAAUACUUAUCGAUUUUGUGAUAAUGUCUGGACAUUUUUAUUAAAUGAUGUUGAUUUUAGGGAAAUGUCAGAAUUAUUAAAAAUUUCAAAAGUUAAGAUAGUUGCAUGUGAUGGCAAAGCAAAAACAAAUUUGGGAAAUCAAUAUUUACAGGAUUUGCAAAAAAAUAUAACAAAAGUAGAGAAUCCAAAUAAUGAAAGCAAAAAUAUUCUUAAUUCUGAAAAUAUAUAGUACAUGUAAUAAUUUAUUAAUGAAAUAUUGUGAUAACUAUAUAUAUUAUUUAAUAAUAUACAUUGAUAUUAUUAUAAUUUAUAUUUACUAAUAAAUACGAUAAUACAACUUUUAAUUAAA